CCUCUCGUGUCUAGUAAUAUUUUGCCCAAUAUUGCACAAUGUUUCCAAUAAAAAACAUGUAAAAAACAAAAAAAAUAUUGUGGUAGAUAAUAAAAACAAACGGUUUCCCCUGUUAUUGUACUGUGAUUUAUAGUUUUAAGCAAUGGUUAUUGUUGAGGGUUUUUCACCCACCCGUAACUUCUUCAGCGACUUCCACGGCCUGCAACGCCUCAAUGUGCCCCCCAGUCGCCCCGAUUUGCCCGCAAAGCAAAGACUGGCCCGCUUGUACCGUUACUUCAAGUAUGAGGCCCCGGGACCCGGGCUGAGGUGCGUCGUGUACCUGGAGCGCGUCAAACGUGUCUUUAGGGCACAUUUACGCGAAGUUGUGAGUGAGGUUAUGUUGGAGGACGUGGUCACUAUGUGUCUGCUCCAAGCGUUGAAAGACUACGAGAGGGACAAGAGUGAGGUCAGGGGCGUUUUGAGGAAGUUGCCCCAAAGACAAUUAAAGACAGUCAAGGAUGAGUUGGAGUACGUUUGUGAUAAUCUCCCGGGUGAUUUUUUCAAAAAGGGGUCAGAGAUGGCACGGUUGAUAAAAUCGGACGUUGAAAAACCGGCCGAGAAGCCACUUGAUAUAAUUUUUUACAUUCCGAUGAGUGAGAAUGAGCCCUGUAUUGAAGGGGAGGUUGAGGAGUUGAGUCUUGCGGCCGCCGCCUCAACAGGGGCCCCUUACUGCGUUAAAAAACGCUACGAUUAUUAUAAGAGCAAAAUGGCGGAGUUUCCGUUUGAGGAAUUCAAGGAAAUCAUCAUAACUGGAAUAACCUCACAAAAAUCAAACGAGGAACUCCUCAAUUAUUUCUUGGACGUUUUCGGGUGCGAAGUUUUCGAGUUUUUGAACGAAAUUAUCCAGCACAGAAGUGCACAAAUUGAGUGGGGCGACGGGGAAAAACCGGCCCCCACUCAGCGAAGACUCGAACCAAAAGUCAACCGUUACACGCCUGCCUUAGCCAGUCAAGUGAUCGUCCAGAGCGAGGAAGAGAAAAACUUAGCCAAAACAUUACGCAAAAUCGAACGCAAGCAAAAAGGGGGUCCCCAACCCGACUUUUUAAACGAGCUUGAGGGCGACUUAAACUACAUCAAGCACCAGCCCAUUUUCAGAAAGGGGCCCCAAACUGUGGACUAUCCUCAUGUUCACGACCAGUUGCGCAAUAUUUCCAUUACGACGAAAUUUAACGGGGUUACGUUGAAACAGCCCGAAAAUACGGUUAAAAAGGAGACUUCGACGCAUGUUGAGUUUACGCUACCGGGGGGCAAAAGGCCAAAAAAUGAUGAUAUAGAUUUGGUGAAAGUCACUAGUUUGGACCCGACUGGGCGUUUGGUGUUUAAGGAUAUAAAGGAGUUUAACCGGAUACAGUCGGAGGUGUUUCCGGUGGCGUACAAUACGAAUGAAAAUAUGCUGAUUUGUGCCCCCACGGGGGCGGGGAAGACUAAUAUAGCGCUGCUGGCGAUCGUGCACCAGAUUAAGGCGCAUAUGGAAGGGGGGCUGAUCCGCAAGGAUGAUUUCAAGAUUGUGUAUGUGUGCCCCAUGAAAGCACUCGCCACCGAAAUGGUCUCAAACUUUAGCAAAAAACUCGCCCCUGUCGGUAUAGUAGUGAAAGAACUGACCGGCGACAUGCAACUAACCAAAAAAGAAAUCGCCGAAACCCAAAUGUUGGUCACAACGCCCGAAAAAUGGGACGUCAUCUCGCGCAAGGGGGCUGUGGACACCGAAGUCACAAGCCUCGUUAAAUUACUAAUCCUCGACGAAGUCCAUUUAUUGAACAGUGACAGGGGCCCCGUUAUUGAAGCCCUAGUCGCGCGCACCCUGCGCCAGGUCCUCAGCAGUCAAAGCAUCAUCCGAAUUGUGGCCCUUUCGGCCACCCUGCCCGGCUACCUCGACGUUGCCAAUUUCCUCAAAGUCAACCCUAAUACGGGCCUGUUUUUCUUCGAUAAUCGUUUUCGUUCCGUCCCCCUGACCAUGACCUUCAUUGGGGUUAAAAAUAAAAAUGAUCAAGACGCCAUGGACCUCAUUUGUUACAACAAAAUCAUCCCGAUUAUCAAAGAUGGCCAACAAGUUAUGGUGUUUGUGACGUCACGCAACUUGACAGCUGUUGUAGCGAAGAAUUUGCUCACACAUGCGAAAAAUAACAACGUUUUGGCGAAUUUUAUCCCCGAUAAGAAGCACAGAAUUGGGAAGAAUUUUAAAAGUAGUGAGUUGGAAUUGUUGGUUCCGAAUGGUUUUGGGGUCCACCAUGCUGGCAUGUGUCGGAGUGAUCGCUUGGAAGUUGAGAGUUUAUUCCGUGUGGGGGCGCUUAAAGUAAUAGUGUGUACUACUACCCUUGCGUGGGGGGUGAAUUUGCCCGCGCAUGCGGUCAUAAUCAGGGGCACGACUCGAUACGACGCCCAAAAGUCGUCAUACGUUGAUAUGGACAUGUUGGACAUACAGCAGAUUUUCGGGCGUGCCGGAAGGCCCCAGUAUGACACGUCCGGUCAUGGUAUGAUUAUCACAAGUGUGCAAAAUAUGGCCAAUUAUAUGUCGCUUCUGACGUCACAAGCACCAAUCGAAAGCCAGUUUUUGAACAACGUUCCUGAUCAUUUGAACGCCGAGAUUGUGCUAGGAACGGUGUCGAAUUUAAAGGAGGCCAUGGAGUGGCUGACCAAUACUUUUGUUUAUUGCAGGAUUAAGAAAAAUCCACUGGUUUAUGGCCUGACUUUCACCGAGAUUUGGGAGCCUGAAAAGCUCUUUCAGUACCUGGAGCGCAAACUCUUCGACGCCGCCUCCACGCUGGAAUCGGCCCAAAUGGUCCGUUUCAACCCGACUUUGGGCGAACUCCGUCCGACAAACUACGGCCGUAUCGCCAGUUUUUACUACAUCUCGCACCAAACAAUGAAAUAUUUCCACGACCAUUUCGAACGUUCAAUGGUCGAAGCCGACAUCCUCCACCUCAUCAGCAACGCAUCCGAAUUCCAGCACAUCCAAGUCCGGAACGACGAGCUCGACGAGCUCGAUCGCCUCCACGAAGAGUUCAGUCAAUUCGAAUUCAACCUAGACCCGAGCGCUGUUGUCUUCAAAGUUUUGGUUCUGAUCCAGGCUAACAUAUCACGUGCCAAAAUCCGCGUCUCGUCAUUGGUCUCCGACUGCGAGUUCAUAAUGCAAAGUGUGACGCGAUUGGCGCGAGCGCUAUUCGAAAUUGCGGUUGAUAAAAAUUACGCUUUGCAAGUGUGGCGCUGCUUGGAGGUGGCACGAAUGGUUGAACAGCAAGCUUGGACUGACAGGCAUCCUUUGAUGCAGUUCAAGGAGUUGGAGAUUAAGGGGCACAGGGCACUUGAUGUGCUUCAUAAUAUACCGAUUGAAGAAUUACAAGAGAUGACAGAGCGGGAAAUUUUGGAUUUGGUUAGAAGUAGACAUUUGGCGAGUCGGGUUCACCAUUUUUGCAAAGCUUUUCCACGUGUUAACCUUGACGUUUCGGUUAAACCGAUCACAGAGGGCGUGAUCAGGUUACAGUUGCUGAUUGGUGCUAACUUCAGUUGGGAUAGUAGUAUCCAUGGUAACGUGCAGCAUUACUACGCGUGGGUGGAGGACCCCACACAUGAUAGUAUCUAUCAUUUUGAAUCGUUUAUUAUCACGAAAAAACAAGUGAUAAGUAAGGAACCAAUCGAAUUGAUUUUUACGGUGCCGUUGCAAAAACCGCACUCAAAUGAAUAUUUUGUGACGGUUGUUAAUAGCAAAUAUAUGGCCGCGGAAACGUCCUACAGAAUCGACUUGGACAAGUUACACCUUUUGCCAAGCUACUCAAUCCAGACGAAAUUUUUAAGCGUGCGACCUUUACCCAAAACGGCCUUACAUAACACCGAGUUUGAAAAUUUGUACAGUUUUACACACUUUAACGCCGUACAAAGCCAAGUGUUUCAUUGCUGUUUCAACACCGACUCCAAUGUUUUACUCGGAGCACCGACAGGUUCCGGGAAGACAAUAGUGUCGGAAAUUUGUAUUUUGCGAUUAUUUGCGAACCGACCCGAGCGAAAAGUUGUCUAUAUUGCACCAAUGAAGGCUCUAGUUCGCGAGCGUGUCCUUGAUUGGACGCCAAAAUUCGCCAAAAUUGGUAAAAAAGUGGUGGAAGUGACCGGUGAUGUCACCCCUCAUUCUUCACUAAUCUCGACGUCUCAUAUUAUUAUUACAACGCCGGAAAAGUGGGAUGGAAUGAGUCGAAAUUGGCUUCAGAAGGAUUUUGUUAAACAAGUCGGACUUAUUAUAAUUGACGAAAUUCAUCUUUUGGCUGAAGAUCGAGGUCCAGUGCUUGAAGUUAUCGUUUCCAGGAUGAACUACAUCAACAGUAUCAAGAAUGCUAAGGUCCGAAUCGUCGGCCUUUCAACCGCCAUGGCCAACGCUGGCGAUUUAGCCAACUGGUUGAACAUCGAAAAAAAGGGACUUUACAAUUUUAGUUCAUCCGUACGUCCCGUCCCCCUUGAAAUACACCUGAAGGGUUUUUCGGCCAAAAACUACUGUCCCCGAAUGGCUACAAUGAACCGACCAGCUUAUCAGGCCAUAUGUCAAUACGCCCCCGAAAGUCCGACCCUGAUAUUCGUCUCGUCCCGAAAACAAACGCGCAUCACCUCCUACGACCUAAUCAAGUGUCUUUUAAGCGACACUAACCCGAAACAAUGGCUCCACUGCCAACAGGACGAGAUCGAACAAGUCCGAAAAACUAUAACCGAUUCGGACCUAAGUUACCUACUUUUGUUCGGAAUCGGAAUACAUCACGCAGGCCUUCAAGACCACGACCGCAAAACAGUCGAAGAACUGUUUGUCACGCAAAAAAUCCAGGUGCUUGUGGCCACGGCCACCCUAGCAUGGGGCGUUAAUUUCCCAGCCCACUUGGUUAUAGUUAAAGGGACCGAAUAUUACGACGGUGCGACUAAACGAUACGUUGAUAUGCCGGUCACCGACGUUUUACAAAUGAUGGGACGGGCUGGACGUCCACAAUUCGAUACCAGUGGCGUAGCGUGUGUUUUUGUCCAAGAGAGUAAAAAAAAUUUCUAUCGGAAAUUUUUAUUCGAACCGUUUCCGGUCGAAUCAAACUUGUUGCAAGUUUUACCUGAACAUGUGAAUGCGGAAAUUGCAAAUGGCACGGUCACGUGUCGCUCACAAUUAGUCGAUUUAAUUUGUUCGACGUUUUUCUUCCGAAGGCUAUUGGUUAACCCGAGUUAUUAUAAAAUGGAAGGUGGGGAUGCGAAUCAAUUUUUGAAUGAAUUGGCCGAUUCGGUUGCCGGGCAAUUGCAAGAAACGCAGUGUAUAGUGAUUCGAGAUGAGGACGUGCAAGACUUUUACGAAAGCACUUUUUUGGGCCAAAUCGCAGCUCAAUACUACCUUUCAUGCAAAACUGUGCUAAAUCUGGACCAAAACAUGUCACGUGACUCCUCAUUCGACGAUCUAUUGGCUCACAUGUGUCACGUGGAAGAGUACGCCCUCUUUCCCGUACGUCACAACGAGGAUAAAAUCAACCGUCAUUUGACGCUUGAUUUAAAUGUCAAAACGCGCCAACCGUUCGAUUCACCUCAUUUGAAGGUUUUACUCCUUAUCAAGUGUUACCUCAGUGAUAAAAAACUACCAAAUCAAGAAUAUGUCGUUGAUUUGAAAACUGUUUUUGACCAAGUCAUUCGGAUCAUGCAGGCCAUGAUCAGUCUGACGUCACACAAAGGCUGGCUUGAUUGCACCCUCAAAUUGAUUUAUUUGGGGCAAAUGUUGAUCCAGGGAUUGAUGAUAGAUGUAGGUAGUGUGAUGAUGCUGCCUCACGUGACGCCCGAGACACGUGACCGGCUUUCGCGCCAUCUGGCAGUGGCUAACAUCAGAGUGCCCCACCUUAAGUCACUUUUGCGCCAAGAUCGCAAAUCAACGACUCGGCUUUUGGAUGAACAUUUCGGCGAGAAAUCGAAUGAAAUUUUAAAGAUUUUGGCACGUCUACCAACACUUGAAAUUAAAUUUACUGUGAAAAAUGGCGAAACGAAUGGCAACAUUGACUAUAGACUUGGGGACAACAUUGUCACUUUUGAGGCUAAGGCUAGAACGACGUGUUUGUUCGAGUUUGAGGUUUUGAGGGACGGGACCAACAAUUUGAGUGUUUAUAGCCGAAAGUUUAGUAAACAGAAGGAUGAGUCUUGGUUUUUUGUCAUGGCUUUUGAGGACGAUUUGGUGAGGUUGCAGCGGUUUGCCAUCAAGAAGAGUAAAAGUUUGGAGGUUGAAGUUCAAGUGCCGGGGGAGCGAGGGGUUUACGAGUACGCGGGGUACUUUAUGAGCGAUUCCUACAUCGGGUUGGACCAGAAGGUUACGUUUAAGGUGACCGUGGUGGAUUGAGUGGAUGUACUAGUGGAGUUAUGAAAUUUUAAAUGAAUUGUAUUUAUGUUUGUAUUUUUCUGUGUAAAUAAAAAUUUACUUUAUAAAAA